UAAGUUUCAGAUCAGUUUGAAGAGUGUGGGCUAAAAUUUUAAGGAAAUAAAAUGGAACGCUGGCAAAACAAAGUGGCUGUAGUAACAGGGGCGAGUGCCGGCAUUGGUGCUGCAAUCGCCACGGAUUUAGUAAAAAAUGGUUUCAUUGUGGUCGCCCUGGCUCGACGUGUGGAACGCCUUCAGGAAAAUCAAAGCGCACUCCCGGCAAAUCUGCAGUCCCGGUACCAUUACAGAAAAUGUGAUGUUACCAAUGAAGAUCAAGUGAAAGAUACUUUCGUCUGGAUUGACACUAAAUUCGGAGGCACUGACGUUCUUGUUAACAAUGCCGGUGUUAUAUCUUUGGGGGUGGAAUUAUCGGGCGCAAAUAAUACUCAGUCUAUUCGAAAUACCGUAGAAACGAAUAUUAUGGGUGUUGUCUACUGCGUCCGGGAAGCGUUCAAUUCGAUGAAAAAGCGCAACUUUGAUGGUCACAUUGUGAUCAUAAAUAGCGUUGUUGGCCACAAAGUUCCCGUGACCCCCGUAGGUUCUCUGAACAUCUAUCCUCCUUCUAAGUAUGCUGUGACUGCAAUGGUUGAGACCUAUCGUCAGGAAUUUGCGAAUGCUGGAACCAAAGUAAAAGUUACGAGCAUCAGUCCUGGAGCUGUACUAACCGAAAUAAUUCAAAACAGCGAAGUUAGUAAAAUGGAGAAUUAUCCAAUGCUGGAUUCCGAAGAUGUGUCGAAUGCGGUGUUAUAUGUAUUAAGAACUCCUCCGCAUGUCCAGGUUCAUGAGUUAACUAUAAAGCCCGUUGGGGAGAAACUGUGAGCAACUGAUAUGAAGUGAA